ACUUGUCUGCAGAGAUGUCUUAAUAAGACGCACAUGUUCUGCAUGAAUGAACUGAACACUUGAACAAAUGCGUGCAGCAGCUGAAGACAGAUGAGAACUUCUCUUGGAAAUAUAGGACAUCGCCUGUAUUCGAAUUUUUAAAGCUUAUGUUUGACAUAGUGACAUUUUCAUUUUUCAUUUUAUAUCGGGGUUGAAGAUCUUUUAAUCGACUCCGUACUGAGAGCAAAAAUGAAGGUGAAAUCUAGAGAUGAGAGUUUGAAUACUUCUGUUGAAUUGGAUGGAUCCAGUGACCUGCUGACAGGUAACCCUCCCUCAGGCCAGAGGAAAAAGAACAUCAAACAGCGUUUCCUCAGACUUCUGCCCUGCUGUCAUUUGGACACCAAACCAACUGUCAGGCAAAACAGUAUAGAGGACGAUUUUGAACUCGCCACUGUCUGCUACAGGCCGGAGGGUCUGGAAAAACUAAUGGAACAGACCAAAUUCAGCAGAAAAGAGCUGCAGAUCCAAUACAGAAGUUUCAAAAAUGAAUGUCCCACAGGAGUAGUAAAUGAAGAGACCUUUAAGUUAAUCUUCUCUCACUUUUUUCCUCAGGGAGAUUCUAGCACAUAUGCUCAUUUCCUGUUUGAGGCUUUUGACAGACACAAGAAUGGAGCAGUGAGUUUUGAGGACUUUAUGAUUGGCAUGUCAAUCAUUUUGCGUGGUACGGUCACUGACAGACUGUGCUGGGCGUUUAGUCUGUAUGAUCUCAAUAAGGAUGGCUGCAUCACUAAAGAGGAAAUGAAUGAUAUUAUGAUGUCUAUAUAUGAUAUGAUGGGGAAAUGCACAAAUCCAUGUAUGAAGGACAGUGCUCCCAAAGAACAUGUAGAGAGUUUCUUCCAGAAAAUGGAUCGCAAUAAUGACGGCGUUGUCACUAUGGAGGAAUUCCUGGAGUCAUGUCAAAAGGAUGAAACCAUCAUGGAGUCUAUGCAUCUGUUUGACCACGUCUUUUAGCUCGAUGACACCCUUUGCCGAACCUUCUGGAAGCAAAACAUUCUGUUGUGACACUGAUCCAAUGACUGCCUCCAUCUUUUACCUACAAGAAAUACUGACAAUGUACACCUGAAUUGGUGCACUCUAAGCAUGACAUGUUAUUUUACACACUAAGGAUGAGCGGGAUGACUUUUAAAGGAACAGUUCACCCAAAAAUAAAAAUGUUCUCAUGAUUUACUCACCCUCAUGCCAUCCCUGAUGUGUAUGACUUUCUUCUGCAGAACGGAAAUUAAGAUUUUUAGAAGAAUAUUUCAGCCCUGUGGCUCCAGAGAGUGCAAGUGAAUGGUAAUCAAAACUUUGAAACUCCAAAAAGCACAUAAACGCAGCAAUG